AUGCACAGAAACACGACAAGAAUUCGGAGGCUCAUUUCACCCUUUGAUUCCUUCUUUUCCGAGACAAAUUCCGAAAAAACUUGGCAAGUAGAAACAAAAUAUAGAGCUGUUGAGAACUCUCAAAUCCAUAAGGAACAUUUGGAAGAAAAUUUGGAAAACCAUCAAACAUAUAAUAAUCAGCAUUCAUCAGAAAAUUGCCAAAUUUCGGAUUCUAUGAACACUUCUUCAGUUUUUUGUGAAUUAUGUGAACAAGAAUUAAAGGACAUGUUUGAAUUUGAACAUCACUAUGAGUCAGUUCAUUGCCACUUGUGUUCCGAAUGUGAAUUAAUCUUUCCGAGUGCUUUUUUGUUGGGUGUUCAUUUGGAGGAAUGUCAUUCUUCCUAUUUUGAAGUUUGUUUACAAAAGAACACAAUGAAAAUGUAUCAAUGUUUGGUGGAGGACAAGUCGAUAUGUAAUGAAAUGUUUAAAACAAGUGAGGAACGAGAUUUACACAUGAUUUCACAUCACAUGUAUGAACCUGGUUUCAGAUUUGAGAAAAUGGGUCGUCCUUUGAGUCAUGUUGAAACAAAUGAUGAAAUGUUGGAAUAA